GAGUGUGAGUGUGUGUGUGUGUGUGUGUGUUGACUUGUGUACGCUCUAUUGUUGUUAUGUCAUGAUAAAAGUGCGGCGAAAUAGUUUUGUAUGGUCCUCUUGUGUUCUUUCUUUUUGUUAUAGUCAAUGACUUAGCUGAAUUAUUUAAAUUAAUUUAUAAAAUUGGCGUGAUAUAUGUUCGUUGUUAUUUGAUGAAAAUUUUACUUUUUAUUUCAUUGAACUGAACAACAGAUAUUGUUGAUUAGAAUUCUAAAAUCAUGUGUGGGAAUUGUUUGCAUUUUUAAAUAUUACGUAUUGCGAUAAACUUUCUAAUUAUAUCAAUAAGAAAAUUUUCAAAUCAUCAGAAUGGAUAUUCUGAGAAAUAUUUCGUAUUGUCCGCCAAAUGUGACGAUCUACGAUAUUUGGGUUAAUCAUGGAUUGUCCCACUGUUUCCUCGAUACCGUCAGUUCGGCCGUAUUGGCCGGAUUCAUUAUGAUAGCUGGAACGAUUCAACUAAUUAUGUACCGCAAAUAUGCAAUUCCAAUAGAAGACCCAUCGCAAAUAUCCCGAUCGAAAUUAUACUAUUUGCAAUUGUUUUUAUUGACAAUAAUUCCAUCGCUCGCCGUUCUUCGAUUUAUUCUGGAAUCGUUCCUAUUCCCGGAUGCCCAUCUCUAUGGAUACACGAUUUUAGCUUCAUCGCUAACAUGCAUCUCGUUCCUAUUCUCCAUUUGGCUAGUGUUGAAAGAACGAUUCUAUUUGUUGCCGUCAGUUCCAACUAGAGGUCAUGGUUUAGUUUUACUCAUUUUUUGGACACUGGUCUUUGUCAAUGAAAACAUUUCGGUGAUGAACCUGAAGAAGGAACAAUGGUGGAUUUAUGUUUUUGCAACAAUUCGCGACAAAGUUGAAAUGUCAAUGUUUGUAACUCGGUACGUGUGCAGCUUACUCAUUUUCGUAUUGGGUCUCAAAGCACCGGGCAUUGCGUCGAAUCGCGAAGAUGACUAUAUUCAUCUGGAAAAUGAUGGAAACAAUGAAAAUCGUUCGACUUGGGCAAACGGAUGGAGAAAACUACGAACUCUCAUGCCAUUUUUAUGGCCAAAGAAGAGCUUUGGACUACAAUUUCGAGUCGUGUUCUGCAUUUCUUUGUUGGUUGCGGGUCGUUUUAUUAAUGUGUUGGUGCCAAUUUAUAACCAAAAGAUCGUCGACAGCCUCGCAUCGAAAUCAUUCUGUUGGGAUUGGAUUUUGAUUUACGUUGGCUUCAAGUUUCUCCAAGGUGGCGGCACCGGUUCAAUGGGUCUUCUCAAUAAUCUACGAUCAUUUCUGUGGAUUAGAAUCCAACAGUUUACAACGCGUGAAAUUGAAGUGGAACUAUUCUCGCAUUUGCACAAUUUGUCGUUGCGAUGGCAUUUGGCACGAAAAACGGGCGAAGUUCUACGUAUUAUGGACCGAGGCACAGAUAGCAUUAACAAUUUGUUAAACUACAUUCUCUUCUCAAUUGCACCAACAAUAAUCGAUAUUUUAAUUGCGGUAGUCUUCUUCUCGGUCACAUUCAAUUGGUAUUUCGGAAUCAUCGUUUUCGCAACGAUGGUUCUAUACAUAGCUUUAACGAUCUUGGUAACGGAAUGGCGAACAAAGUUCCAACGACGAAUGAAUUUAGCCGAUAAUGCACAAAAAGCACGUAGCGUCGAUUCUUUGCUGAACUUUGAAACGGUAAAAUAUUACGGAGCGGAAAAUUACGAGGUUGAAGCGUAUCGUGAAGCAAUUUUAAAUUAUCAAAAGGAAGAAUUCAAUUCGAUUGUGACGUUGAACAUGUUAAACACGGUUCAAAAUAUCAUCAUUUGUGGUGGAUUACUCGCCGGAUCACUGCUCUGUGCAUAUCUAGUUGCCGAUAUCAAAACGCUUACACCCGGUCAAUACGUUUUGUUUGCCACCUACAUCAUUCAAUUGUACGUGCCGCUCAAUUGGUUCGGGACAUUUUAUCGGCAAAUCCAGAGAAAUUUCGUCGACAUGGAAAACAUGUUCGAUUUGAUAAAAGAAGAACAAGAAGUGGUGGAUGUGCCAAAUGCACUCGAUAUCUCCCCGGUUCGGGGAUUGAUUGAUUUUACAAACGUUACAUUUGGCUACACUCCAGAUCGGAUAAUUUUGAAGAAUGUUUCAUUCACGGUUUUGCCAGGCAAAACCAUCGCUCUUGUUGGUCCAUCCGGCUCGGGAAAGAGUACAAUCAUUCGUCUUUUGUUCCGUUUCUAUGACAUUCACGGAGGAACCAUUUGUGUUGAUGGACACAAUAUAAAAACUGUCAAACAAAGCUCAUUGCGCAAAGCAAUCGGAGUCGUUCCUCAGGAUACCGUUUUAUUCAAUAAUACCAUCAUGUACAAUAUUAGAUACGGUCGAUUGAGUGCCGGUGAUGCGGAUGUCAUUUCUGCGGCUCGUUCUGCCGAUAUUCACGAAAGGAUUAUGAAUUUCCCGGAAAAAUACGAUACUCAGGUGGGAGAAAGAGGAUUGCGAUUGAGUGGUGGAGAAAAACAAAGAGUUGCCAUAGCUCGAACAAUCUUAAAAGCACCUUCGAUUGUGUUACUGGACGAAGCGACAAGUGCAUUAGACACACAGACUGAACGAAACAUUCAAGCUGCUUUGGCUAAGGUGUGUGCGAAUCGAACGACGAUAAUAGUGGCUCAUCGACUGUCCACAAUCAUACAUGCAGACGAGAUCCUUGUUUUGAAAGAGGGUGAAAUCGUGGAGCGUGGCCGGCACGAAACAUUGGUGUCCAGAAAUGGCAUCUACGCAGAUAUGUGGAAUCAACAACUACAAAACAGUGAUACAGAAUCAGUUAAUGGCAAUUCGGAAGUCGAAGCGAGCCAAAAUUAAGAAGAUUGAAUCUCGGGCAUUGCACAUCACCACUGAAGUGAAAUUCUGAAAAAUUUUAGAUAGUAUUUUUCUGAACAUUGUAGCUAUAAAUUAGUAUAGUAUACUCAAGUGUAAAAAGACAAACAUAUUUCAAAUGAAAGCGGCAAUAAAUAUUGUUUUUAUUCACAAA